GUUUCGUCACGUCCGGUGGUCUCGAGCUCAGAGAAAAUGGCGGCUGUAGUAGUGAGCGCUGAUGGAGGCGUCGCGCCGCUGGAUCCGGACUCUGCGUCUCCAGCGCCGGAGCAGCCGCUCCAGAACAACGCGCUGCUGGGACUCCCGAUCGUGGCGAUCGAGAACAUCCUCAACUUCCUGUCCUACGACGAGAUCAGUCUGCUGCGACUGGUGUGUAAACGCAUGGAUAUGAUCUGCCAGCGCAUGCUGAACCAAGGCUUCCUGAAGGUGGAGCGCUAUCACAAUCUGUGCCAGAAACAGGUGAAGGCCCAGCUGCCCAGGCGGGAGUCGGAGCGGAGGAACCACUCGUUAGCGCGGCACGCAGACAUCCUGGCAGCGGUGGAGACGCGUCUGUCACUGCUCAACAUGACCUUCAUGAAAUACGUGGACUCAAACCUCUGCUGCUUCAUUCCUGGAAAGGUGAUCGAUGAGAUUUAUCGUGUUCUGCGCUAUGUGAACUCCACACGAGCGCCACAGAGAGCUCACGAGGUGCUGCAGGAGCUGCGGGACAUUUCCUCCAUGGCCAUGGAGUACUUCGAUGAGAAGAUCGUCCCUAUCCUGAAGAAAAGGCUUCCCGGCGCGGAUCUCUCCGGACGACUGAUCGGAUCUGCUCCGGUGGCCGGUACCUCUUCCUCUCUGACCACCAUGUCCCUGCUGGCCAAAAACACUCCGUCUCGCUCGGAGAUGACGAAGGUGCAGCAGCAGGUGAAGGUGAACGGCGCGUCGAUGACGGCGCUGCGGCGCGAGAUGCAGGAGGUGCGUGUCAAGCAGCUGGAGCAGCAGAAGCAGCUGCAGGAUCAGGAGCAGAAGCUGCUGGAGCAGUCUCAGGUGAUGGGAGAGCAGAACGCCCGGCUGGCCGAGCUGGAGCACAAGCUCAGGGAACUGAUGGACAGCGCGGUGGCCUCCAGCUCCUCCGCAGCCGCCGCCGAGGGCCUGUGUCUCAAACGGCCCCGCAACUGCCCGGACCUCCCGCGUCACUCCAAACGCCUGCGUAGCAAGAAAUAGAGGGAUGUUUCUCUCUACCUUUUAAGUUUUCUUUUGCUUCCUUAAAGCUAUAUCAUUUUUUCCACUUAUGUCAAACGAUGAGGUGAAUAUCACGCGGAGGAAAAUCAUAACGAGAGGGGAAUCUUAUUGUUUUAUCAUUUGUUGGCACGUCCCUCAUAUCAGACAUGUAUUAAUAUACACUAAUAAGCUUGAGCCCCGUCGCUUGACUUCUGUUUCUAAAGGCUUGGCAUCUGCCUUGAGCAACGUUUGUCUUUCGUGUUUACCUGACUCUCAUGCCAAUGAGCUCAUGAAACGAUGCAGAGAAGCUUUAGUCAAUCAAGUGCGAGGACGAGGAAGACCUGAACACAGAUAUGACGUUAGCAGCUGAUUUGGCACGCCGCAGUAGUUUCCACCAUUAGGUCCAACUGUGUCCAAAGUUUUCAAGUUAAGACUUAGACCCCUUCUUGAAAUGGAGAACACGAGGUGUUCGUAUAAAUGAUAUAAAUGGUAAAUAUCAGCUUUGUUCUAUGUUCUAAGAGUGAAAUAUUUGAUCGG